CUGGGCGCUCGCCAGCGCGCAGCCUCCUCCUCAUGCCGCGCCGGGCCCCGGCGUCCCGCGGCGGCCGCGGGAGCCGAGCGCAGGCGAGGGCGGUGUCCCGGCCAGCGGCGAGGGCGCUCCGGUUCCGGUUCCUGCCUCCGCCAGCUGUCCGCCCGGCCGCAAGGGCGGCAACCGCAGCAGCAUUACCGCCGCCUGCCCGGGGUGAGGCGCCCCCGCCGGCGCCGCCCCCGCACGGCCCGCGGACACCAGGCGAAGAGCCGCGGGGCGACUCGCGCGGCGGGCAGAGCCGAGGAGCCCGAAGACGGGGAGGCCAGACGCCGUCGGAGCCGCGUCUGAGUCGCAGAAGAGGCGGACCUGCGAGGGCGGGGGAGCCGCGAAGAAACACCGGGCACGCGGACGGGACCGGAGACCCCCGGCGGCCCCACGCGCUAGCUCGGAACUGCAGGCGGCGCUGCGCCGGCCCCGAGGAAACCUGGAGGCUCCAGCCCACCCUUCCCCUCCCCUCGUCCGAAACACCGCACCUCCUGAUUGGCCCGCGCCGCACCGCGCCGAACAACCGGCCCCCUCCUCCCCGCGUCGGGACCGGUGCCCCGGGCGCCUCCUGCGUCACCGCAGUCCCCGCCCGGGCGGGGACCCCGGCGCUCCCAGUGCUGCCGGGGGCUGAGGGACGCGUUUUGAGCCUCGGUUACGUUCCACUCUGGGGAUCGAUAAUGAAAGAUGCUGUGUCUGUAUCUCGAGGAGGAAGCUUCUGUGGUGUGGUGUGCGUUCCUCCCAAAAUACACGCUCCGGGAACGAGGUGUUUUCCAGUACUGGAUUAAUGGAACCUCCCAUCCCGCACUUCCUAUAGAAACAUACUGUCAGGAUGUGAUACGGAUCUAUGUAUAUCUCCUAUAAUAGGACUUGCCUUCCCAUCUGAAGGUGAGCACUGGGUAGCCCUACUUUAGCUGUAUCCGUUCAGACGGGGCGGAAAAGACUUCUGUGCAGCCAAUAGGCCCUUGAGCGCUGCAGCACCAGCCAGCUGCAAUGGGCAAAUUGCUUUAAUGCAUCUCCUAGAUCGUGGUCUACCCUUUGUUCAAAAGCUACUUUUUUCUACUAGCUGGUCCUUAGCUAUAUCGCAUUUUUCCAACGUGUGUUUGCAGUUGUUUCUUUUGCAGCUAAUCAUGUAGAAAGUGGCUGGAUGUCCCCUACUGCCAUUAUUUGCUCAGUAUUUCCAGAUGCAGCGGUACUGAACACCACCUGAUUGCCAGCAAAUAUGGUACCUUCUUAGCAAGAGACCCAUGCCUUCUAUCGUCUCUGAGAUAGUAUUAUGCUUUGUGGAGCCUGUAACACCAGAGUUUAUAAUUCCACCAAGGCCUUUUAUUAACUGUGAAACUCAUGCCAAGCCACUACCCUCUGCAAGCCUCUCUUCUCAGCCUUCAAAUGAUCACUCUCUGCCAACUAACAAGUUAUGCUGGUCUCUUCCUAUUUAAAAACCAAAUUUCCUACUGAUUCAGCCAUGAAGUGUCAGUCUCUAAUGGUCUGAAGGAUGCCUCGGGGUCUCAGUUCAUUUGUAAAGCAAAGGUCAAUGAAAUACUCAGAGCCAAACCUUUUCAAGCCCAGAUUAUCACCUGAUACUUCCUCAGGAGCCAGAAAUAUAUUACUGAGAGACUUCCGUGGUGGCACAGUGGUUAAGAAUCCACCUGCCAAUACAGGGGACACGUGUUCGAGCCCUGUUCCGGGAAGAUCCCACAUGCCGCGGAGCAUCUAAG